AAAAGGAAGAGACUAAGCAAUCAAAAGUGUAGUCAAGAAGAAAAACAUAAUCACCAGAACGACACCGUACGAAGACAACCAAAAAGGAAGCAAAUCACUCUCCAAUUCUCCAAUCUUAAUUUCCCUUUUCCGACACUUCCAUAUUCCAUAUUCCAAUUCCUUGUUCGAUUUUUUCCGACCUGCAAACGAAUCACCGUCGAUUUCAAACAACUAGAUUCAGAUAUCCUGAACCUGCUCACAAUAAUCAUGGCGACCACGAGGUCCCCGGAGGACGCCGCCGCCGAUCCAACGCCGUUGAUCGGGAGGACGUCCUCCGACGAGUCGAACUCCGGCCGGAGACUCAACCGCCGUCCGAGUCUCCGACAGGCGGCGCGGUUCCUGAGGCAGGCGAGUGGGAGGAGGAUGAUGCGCGAGCCGUCGAUGGUGGUGAGGGAGACUGCGGCGGAGCAGUUGGAAGAACGGCAGAGCGAUUGGGCGUAUUCGAAGCCUGUUGUGGUUCUUGAUAUUCUCUGGAACUUUGUUUUUGUUGUUGCGGCCGCUACGGUGUUGGUUUUGAGCCGGAGUGAGACGCCGAGUACGCCUCUCAGGUUGUGGAUUUUGGGGUACGCUUUGCAGUGUGUGGUCCAUGUUGUCUGCGUUUGUGUUGAGUUUCGGAAGCGGAGGCGGCGGCGGGAACAGCCCGACGGUGAAGCCGUUGGGGGGAGUGGAGAUUUGAGCUCCGGUUCAUUGGAUGGUUCUGGGAAUUAUGCGAAUUUGGGGCAGUUUGAGGACCCUGGUACAAGUAUGGCAAAACAUUUGGAAUCAGCCAACACAAUGUUCUCUUUUAUUUGGUGGGUCAUUGGAUUCUAUUGGGUUUCAGCUGAUGGUCAAACUUUGGCCCAAGAUUCUCCUCAACUUUACUGGUUAUGUAUAGUCUUCCUGGGUUUUGAUGUCUUCUUCGUUGUUUUCUGCAUUGCCCUGGCAUGCAUCAUUGGUAUUGCUGUUUGCUGUUGUCUUCCGUGUAUCAUUGCACUUCUAUAUGCAGUUGCAGACCAGGCAAGGGCAUCGCAGGAAGACAUUGAGCAGUUGUCAAAAUUCAAAUUCCAAAGAAAAAGUAAUGAGAAACUUGCUGGUGACACAGAAGGACCUGUUGGUGGAAUAAUGACUGAAUGCCAUUCUGAUUCGCCAACUGAACAUAUGCUUUCUGCUGAGGAUGCGGAAUGUUGCAUUUGCCUAUCUGCUUAUGACGAUGGGGUUGAAUUACGACAACUUCCUUGCGGUCACCAUUUUCACUGUGCCUGCGUGGACAAAUGGCUGUGUAUGAAUGCUACUUGCCCCCUCUGCAAGUAUAACAUCUUGAAAAGUAGCAGCCUUGGUCAGGAGGAAGUGUAGAAAAUGUAAGAAAAGUUUCCAGCUACCAUGUUGGAGAGUUUUCAUACUCUCUUGGCUCGCAGUAUCAUAGGCACAGCUUGUCAAUAUACCUUAAUACAAGCCUUGGUAGUUGUUGUUGCUGCUGCUGUGUGCUUGUUUAUCUUGUAGUGAUAGUUCUUUCGAUUAUUCUUAGUUAUCUGGCUUCUAAAUAUCUGUUUAUUUUACACCGGCAAUAAAUAUCUUGAGGCUAUGCGAUUGUCAAUAUUUUUAUCA